AUGCAGGCUCCCACUGGCAAACCCACAAUAUUUUCCCAUUAUUUCAUUAAGAUGACAUCCAUCCCUAGACCAAGCCAGGAGACAGUUCGCAACCUGGUGAACGACAAAGUUGCCAUCGUCACCGGGGCAGCCAGAGGCAUCGGAUUCUCUACCGCCUCCCUUUUAGCGCAGCAUGGCGCCCGAGUGGUACUGGUCGACCUGCGCGAAGACGAGCUGAAGAGCGGCUGCGCGACCAUCGGCUCUCGGUCAACCUACCAAGUCUGCGAUGUCAGUGAUUGGGAUCAGCAAGUGAAAUUAUUUGACGAUGUAUCGAGUGCGAUCGGGCCGAUUCAUCUGCUUGUCUGCAAUGCAGCCAUCAAUCCCGAAAUCGCGCUGCUGCAGGCAUCCGACGCGCCGCAGCACGCGCAGAUGAAUGCACAGGUGCGCUACAACUACCUCGCUGAUGAAAGGGAUGCAUCCGAGUUGCUGCGACGGCCCCCGACCGGAGUUGUGGAUGUGAAUUUGCACUCGGUCAUUUUUGGCCUGAAGCUGGGCCUCCACCACAUGAAGCACGGUCGGAUCGUGGUGGUGGGAUCGGCGGGAUCGUACGUGCCGAUCCCUUCCCAGCCCCUUUAUUCCGCCAGUAAGCACGCGGUCCUCGGGUUGGUGCGUAGCACAGCUCUGACGGAGGAGGUGGGCCGGUCCGGGGUGUCCAUUUCUUGGAUCGCUCCGUGGUUGACGCUGACCUCGAUGGUGGAGGGGUUGCAGGCAACGCGGGACGGCAGUCUGCAAAGUUCUCCCGAUGACGUCGCGUGGGCCAUUCUAGCGGCUAGUGCGGCAGAGGCGCCGAAUGGCAAGGGGUAUUGGGUACAGGGCUCUGCAAUCAGCGAAGUGGAGGGGGCUUACGGCGAGGUAGCGGGUCAAUUAAUCUGCCCGGAGAACCGGUUCUAG